GCCCGGAGGGUCAAACUUCCUUGGGUAAGCGUUUGGGUAAAUGUUUGACUGUCGAUUAGCAUUAAGGAACUUUUCAAAGUAUUAAACAAAUUAAACAACAGAUUAAACAAAGCCGGCGCUGAAACCUGAGCCGAGCGGCGGCCAAAUUUAGCCCCCACACAGCCAGCACACCAAGCCUGGGACAGUUGGGACACCAGACCCUGAACCUGAGAGGUGGUCUUGCUGCGGCUUUCCCGACCAAUCGGGGAGAGAAGCUUCAUUUUUGGCCAAUCCUGCUGAACAAAACGAGGCGAAAAAACUGGAAGAGCGACAGCAGCUGAAGACAUUUGGACGAAAAAGCUCAACUGAAGGAUGCAGGACGGGAGUUGGAACCAGCCACUCCCUAUCUCUCUGCUGCUCAAGGACCCGGCAGGAGGCGGCGUCGCUGGCGCCGAGGAGGGCGACGGUGCCGCGUUGACCGACGGCGCAGAUCUGGAGGCCGGCGAUGGCGACUUUGCGGACCUCGAUGCUUUCCUCAACGCCGAGGAGAUCAACCGCAGUUUGGACCUGGCCUGGGAGGCCUUUGGUGACAUGCCAGAAGAUCAGCACGCUCCUAAUUGCCAGGCGCAGGACCUCCAGCCGACGCCUUCAGACGCCUCAGUCCAGCCGAGUAACCCCCCCAGCGCAGAAGACGAGAACAUAUCACCUGGAGAGUCUCCACCCUGUCCUGAGAAGGUCACCUGCCACAAGCCUGCCCGGCCCGUUUACAAGCAGGAUAAACCUCGGCUUCUUCACGAAGGCUUGGAGCUCAACGACCGCACGUCCUCGGCCACCGAGUUCUGCAGCCGGGCCGCCACCUUCAUCGAGGAGCUCUCGUCCAUCUUCAAAGGUUCCGCACACAUGGAGCAGGAGUCGGUGUCCCCUGAUAGCGGAUAUCUUUCUCCCGGGAGCCGGCGGCCGCCAGCCCCCGCUGGUGCCUCCUCGUCGCCGGGCCAGCCGGAGCAGAUCAAGCACCCGCAACCGGACGCAGACGCGCCACCGGCAGGACCGCAGGGUGCGGUGUCUGCCGCUGAAGAGUACCAACGCAUCGGCGUUCCGUCCACGUCUGGAUCUCUGUCGCCUCCGUGCUUCCUCCAGAAGCUGAAGAGUCAGGAAGUAGCAGAGGGGAGCCCCAUUCGCCUGGAAUGUCGAGUCAGCGGGAAUCCACUGCCGCUCAUAAGGUGGUUCUGCGAAGGCCGCGAGCUCCACAACUCCCCCGACAUCCAGAUCUGGAGGGAUGGUGACCUGCACACUCUGGUGAUCGCCGAAGCCUUCGAGGACGACACCGGGCGUUACACCUGCGUGGCCUCCAACAGCCUCGGAGCGGACAACACCUCAGCGGAAGUUUACAUCGAAGGAGCUUCAUCAUCAGACUCGGACGGAGAAGGAGCGUCAUCAAAGUCCAGAUCCGGAAACAUGCCUCAACUGCAGAAGAAAACCACUUCCAUGUCCCUGACAAUACGCUCGUCAUCGCCCAAGACACCCGAGGUCCUGCCUCAUCGCUCCACGUUGGUCCAGUCCCUGUCGCAGCCCCCGCAGCGGAUACAGAGCCCCGUGUCAUCGCUGUACAGCGUUGAUGUUUCAGGUCCGCCUCUCAUCACAAAAGUGUUGCAGGAUGCCCAGGCGUCCGAGGGUCAAGUGGUGGUCCUGGAGUGCAGGGUCCGUGGAGGCCCACCUCUGCAGGUGAGGUGGUUCCGCCAAGGCGAGGAGCUCCUAGACUCCCCGGAUUUUCGUAUUCUCCAAAAAAAGCCUCGAUCCGCAGCGGAGCAAGAGGAGAUCUGUACCCUGGUGAUUGCCGAGGCCUUUCCGGAAGACGGAGGUGUGUUCUGCUGCACCGCCUCCAACCCGUAUGGUUCCGUUCAGAGCACAGCCAAGCUCACCGUCACUUCAGGAUCCGAGGACUCAUCCAGUAACGGCAUGCCGGGAGAUAGCCCAGGGUUUGAGGAUGCGACGGCCUUCCCGCCACCUCCCCCUCUCACGGAGAUCAGUCUCCUGGAGCUGCCACCCAAGAAGCUUCCUCAGCCUGCCGCGGAACCUCCUCAUGUCAAAGAAGUGGAGUUGUGGACCACCGCGUCAGCAACGCCGCCGGCCCCCGAGGGAAAACACGAGCAGACAAGCUACGUGCCGAAUGGACAACCUGCAACGCCGCCUUCUUCUUGCAGUCCACCCGUAGAGGUCACACCUCCACCACCACCUCCUCCUCCUCCUCCUCCUCCUCCUCCGCCAUCUCCUCCUCCACUUCCAACCCAAAUCCCACCUCCGACCCCUGGAAAUUUGUCUCCAUCCCCUGGGAAAGAGGGACCCCCGCUUCCUACCAAACCCAAACCAAAGCUGAAUGCAUCUCAGCUGAGGCAGCUUCAGGAGCAGGUUCUACUGGAGCAGCAGGAAGCAACCAUCUGGCAGCAGCAGCCAAACCAGGAAGUCAUCGUAGCAGAUUCCCCGUCCCCGCCUCUUCCCCCUCCGCCCUCCUUCCAGGAGCUGGAGACCAGCACCGCCAUGCAGGCCACCACCUUCAACUACGCCCGACCCAAACAGUUCAUCGCCGCCCAGAGCCCGGCGGGCGGCGGCGGCGGCGGCGGUUUUGUCACCCAGUCCUCAGGUUCCUCGGGUUCCAGCCUGUCCUCCCCCCUGUCCCCGCCCACUUCACAUAAACCCUUCAACAAGAUGGCCGUGCCACCGCUCAGCAAGUCGAGCAGCGUGGAAUCACCAAGCUCGCCUUCCUUCCCGCCGCCGCCGCCGCCUUUCUUUGCUUCCAGCAACCUCUCGUCCCCGUCGGGCGGCGCCCACGACUUCCCUCCUCCACCGCCGCCACCGCCGCCACCACCUCCUCCUCCACCCGUGUCAGCGUCCUCCAUCUCCUCUGACAUGUCCUCACCAUUCUCCUACGUCCCUACAUCGCCCGCCUCCAGCUUCCUGUCAUCAGUGUUGCCGGCCACGCCCCCGACGCCCAGCAGCCCCGCGGUCAACGCGCUGGGUCUCCCCAAAGGCAACAGCACUGUGAAAGUCUUCCCCAAGAAGUCGCCCGGCGCCCGCACGCCUCGCCUCACCUCCGACUCGGACAUCCAGGGAUCCAAGGACGCCGUCAUCCAGGACUUGGAGAGGAAGCUGCGCUUUAAAGAGGAGCGCAUCAGCAACGGGCAACAGAGGCUAACCUAUGAAGAGAAGAUGGCUCGCAGGCUGCUGGGAGCCGACAACGCCGCCACCGUGUUAAAGGCGCAGGACGGCGAGGAGGAGCCAGUGACACAGGCGUUCAAGUCAUCCGAUAGAGAACAUUUCCCCCAAAAGGAGUAUAAGGUAUCCAGUUUCGAGCAGCGUCUCAUCAGCGAGAUCGAGUUCCGCCUGGAGCGUUCGCCGGUUGAGGAGUCGGACGACGACGUUCAGCACGACCAGGACUCGGUGGGGCGGGGGGGCAGGGUGCCCUCCUUUGACCAGAAGCUCAAGCAUUACAAAGUCUUCGAGGGCAUGCCCGUCACCUUCACCUGCAAGGUCAACGGAGACCCCAAGCCCAAGGUGUACUGGUUCAAAGACGGCAAGCAGAUCUCCAAGCGGAGCGAACACUACCGGAUCGGCCGAGGAACAGACGGCACGUGCACGCUGCACACGGCGGCGGCCUCGUUGGAUGACGACGGCAACUACACCAUCAUGGCGGGCAACCCCGAGGGUCGGGUGAGCUGCACAGGAAGGAUGAUGGUCCAAGCCGUGAACCAGCGAGGUCGCAGCCAGCGUUCCGCACCAGGACACGUGCGCAGGCCCAGGUCCAGGUCCAGAGACAGCGGCGACGAAAACGACAUCCAGGAGCGCCACUUCCGUCCGCACUUCCUGCAGGCGCCCGGCGACCUCAUUGUGCAGGAGGGCCGACUGUGUCGUAUGGACUGCAAGGUGAGCGGUCUGCCCACCCCUGACCUUGUCUGGCAGCUUAACGAACAGACCAUCCGCCCCGACUCCGCCCACAAGAUGCUGGUGCGCGAAAACGGCGUUCACUCGUUGGUCAUCGAACCCGUGACCAGUCGCGACGCUGGCAUCUACACCUGCAUCGCUAGCAACCGUGCCGGACAAAACUCCUUCAACCUGGAGCUCAUCGUAGCAGCCAAAGAGAUGCACAAGGUGCCGUCCUUUGUGGAGAAGCUGCAGAACACCAGCGUGGCGGAGGGCCACCCGGUGCGUCUGGAAUGCCGAGUCAUUGGCGUUCCAUUCCCACAGAUCUUCUGGAAAAGGGAGAACGAGUCGCUGACUCACAACACGGACAGAAUCAGCAUGCACCAGGACAACUGCGGCUACUUGUGCAUGAUCAUCCAGCCCGCCACCAAAGAGGACGCCGGCUGGUACACGGUGUCGGCAAAGAACGAGGCGGGAAUCGUGUCCAGCACCGCUCGCCUUGACGUUUUUGCCCAGUGGCAGCAAGCCAACCUCCCCAAACCGAAGAAGGUGCGUCCGGCCACCAGCCGCUACGCCGUGCUGACGGAGAAAGGCCUGGACGUGAAGGCCGCCUUCUUCCCCGACAGCAGCCCGCUGCCGCCCGGCAGCCUGGUUGAGAGCGACGACCUGUAGGGACUCUUAUGACUCUUGGUGACUGGAAAGAGGAAGUUCAGGACUUGAGGAGGCGGGGCUUACCGCUGAGGAUGACAGUGAGCGAUGAAUGAAAAGAAAGAAGCAAGUGUGCUUUUAAUUACGAGUGAGAUUUGUCGGCGUUUUUUUGGGGGGGGGGGUUCUUUUUUUUCCGGGUUCUAAAAAGAUGGACUUUGAGGAGCAUUUCUUUUUUUGUGUUUCUUUUAGAAGUGCCACUUCAGAUUCUGCUUUCACUGUCUUUUUUCUCCCUAUCACACAAACACACAUACAAAAUGUCCAGUUUAUUUUUAUAUGAAAAAAACUAUUUACCUGACGUUAGUACUUUUUAUCAAACUAUAUUAUAGCCUUAAUAAAACAUGCAUAUAACUUGUGCCAAGGGUCAUUUAACAGCAUAAUCCAUCUGCAACUCCUGUGUUAUCAUGCCAACCCAUGCCUGUAUAUGGAUUCUCCACAUUAAUAUUCUUCAAGUUUUAAUAAAGAAUCUAUCCAAUGUGGCAUGACACGUUUGUGGCGACCAUCUGGCACCAGAGGGCCAAGACAAGUGUCAGGUAGGUACAUACAUACAUACAUACAUACAUACACACACACACUUUCAUACAUACACUUUCAUACAUACAUACACUUUCAUACAUACAUACUUACACUUUCAUACAUACUUUCAUACAUACAUACAUACACUUUCAUACAUACUUUCAUA